GCAGUGAAGACUCCAUGUUCUCGGUACCCGGACAGCAGAGCCGGUAGAUACUCCGGUCUCUGCUCCUUCAGAACCGACACCAGACCCUCCGUUAGCCGCAUCGCGGACGGGCCACGCAUCCAGGACGACGCCGCCAUCUUUGCCUGUCCGCCAGUCUCUGCAAACGUCAUGAAAACGCGACGGAGUGACGUCUAUUAAAUGCGUUCUUUGUUGUGUAGUGUUUUGCGCCAUUCAGAGCUUCACCUCACCUCUGUAUCUGGAUUUAAAACGUAUUUACCUCCAUAUCAGCGUUAAUGUCGAGCUAAUCCAUCAGUAUUCAGCUGAAACCCCCCGCUGUGUGAUGGCUAAUGAGCGGCUCAGAGCUCUGGAGGAUGUGGAGAAGGAGAUAGCGAUGGUCCUACAGUGUGCAGGUGAGGACCGUGAACGCACCACGGUGUGUUCACACUUCAUACUGAGCAUUUAAAUGUGACACUGCAGUCAGUAGAUGGUCCGGACUUGACCUUUACCCGUGUCUCUGUCAUCUUUACUGUUAUGUGAUGUUUAAAAUCAGUAUUUUUGCUUAUGAGCGAACUGAAUGGGAGCUGUAAACUAGUGUGAAUAUUAGGGCUUGGCGAUAAAACGAUAACGGUAUGUAUCGAAAAUGAAUCCCCUCAAUAUCGAUAUAAAACAUGGUCGAUAUCCUUUUUGAUAGUCAGCAUUCUGCCAUGUUUUGGUAAACUAUACUAAUAGCCAAUGAAAAGGGGAGUUGCUCCAGGUCUGUCUCGCGCUGAACCAAUCGUGCCGAAUUAGUACCAAGUAGUAAACAACUGCGUGGUAGCAGGCUGCAGCUACACGCAGUUAUCGCAUUUUAACACGUGAAGCCGACAGCACUAUCGAUGAGAAAUGAAGAAAAUGAAUGCUACCCCCAGCAGAAAUACAGAUGAAGGCUCAACAAAUGACGACAUCAUGGACAACACUGGCACAAAAACGUUGGUGGUGUGGAGGUAUUUUGUUUUUUUGAGGGCGGACAUGAAGCAGAGUAAUAUGCGCUGCGAAUUAUGUUGAGUACAUGUUCUCACAAAGUCAGGGAAUACCUGAUCUUCUUUCACCACCUGAAGCAGUACCACGCGGCAGAGUAUGCACAAUGCAAAUGGUUACAAACCCUGAGCGGAACAAGGAGCCCAUGACGCCCGUGCAGCCCAAACAGCCGAUCAUUCAGUCCGCUUUCUCUAGCGCAACGCCUUACAACAUAAUGUCAAAGGGGCACAAAUUUCUUUAUAUUAUGAAAUAUAUCAAUAUCAACUGAUAUGAAAAUUUAUUGUGAUAAACCUUUUCCCAUAUCGCCCAGCCCUAGUGAAAAUGUAGCCCUCCAGAGACACCCUGUCUGGUUUUUAGUCUUUCUCAUCAGAAGCCCUGUCUACCUAGAGCAAGUGUCUGCACACCUGAAAGCUGCAGACACAUGUAACUUAAAAUCCCGACAAACACAAAUUUUGGUAAAUGGAUCAGAAUAAAAGCUUUAAAAAAACAAAGAGUGGUGUUAAAGGACAAGUUCACCUGGACACAGAGACUCCAUGGAUAAUGCAGUUGUACCUCAGACUUAGAUUUUAAUAUUAAAAUUUGACAGGAAAGUCUAUCAGGCAAAAAUAUGAAUUACAGACUGUUGAAAAAAAAUAUUUCCAACCCAAGAGCCGUGACUGGAACUGGCGGGUGAAAUCUAUGGACUAGGAUGAUAUUUUUUCUGCAUUGUUUUAGCAUUAAUAAAUUAUUACUUCAGUAUUAUUUCAGUGUUAUUUCAGCAUUAUUAUACUAUUAUUUUUGUUUUUGUUCUGCAGGUACCAUCGUCCUGGAGCUCUCCAAAGACAAACACAACGCCAGCCUACUGGAGAGACAGCUGGUCCAGUUUCAGACCUCUGUCAACCGGGUAGAGAGCGAACUGAGCUCCCAGAUCCGCUACCUCACCCAGGUAACCUUUACACACACAGACACAUACACAUAGACACACAAAUGUUGCUAACUUUUUACCGGGUGGAUCACCAUGGUAACUGAUGGUGGGGUUGGCACAUCUACCUGUAUAUUUGUACAUGAACAUGAACAUUAAAGUUAUUGAUGGGGUUUUCCUGACAUCAUUCUUCAUAAAACUUAAAAGAUCAAAACUAGAAGAGAGGUUGUUUAUUGCUUUGAAUGAUGUACCAUAUCAUCAUCUCAUAUUGCCCCAUUCAUGAGAACACAUCGAGUCUGAUUAGUAGAUCUUCUCUGUCAGGGUUAGUGGAUACAGGUAAGUAAAAGGUACCUGGGGUAUGCUAAAAUCUCCUUGAAGUACAGGUCCCUAAUGUGGGACUCUUCAUCUUCAACAAAGUCACUGAAGAGUGACAUGAGCAAUUUAAAAAAUAACAGCAAUUUAAGAAGGACUGAAAAUGUCCAAACAGUGACACAGACUGAAAAAAAGCAGAAAUUCCUUGGGACGUAAUUUUCAUGUUUUCUCUGAUUUCUGGAGAGAAUUGACCAAAGAACCUGAGCAGUGUGUGGACAGACCUUUUUACAGAGCGGGGAUAAUUACAGCUGCUCCACAACAAAACAUAAUCAGUCAGAGUGCUCCACAUCAUCAUCAUCAGCGGCAGCAGCAGCAGCAGAACAAACUCAGCUGUAAUCCUCUGUCUCUGUCUCUGUAGGUUGCCACGGGUCAGCCUCACGAAGGCUCCACCUACUCCGCUAGGAAGGACUGCCAGAUGGCCCUCAACAGAGCCGAGUACGCCAAAGUCAAACUGGGAGAACUUGGACGCACCUGUGAGCUGAUGCUGGAGCAGCAGCAGCCGCAGCCGCAGACAUAAGACUAGACCACAGACAUACAACCAGACCACAGACACGAAACCAGAACACAGACAUGGAACCUGACUACAGAAAUGGAACCAGACCACAGACAUGGAACCAAACCACACACUGGUCCUUUUUCUCUACAUUAAACUCCAGCCUGGGAAUAUUUACUUUCAACUUUUACAUACUGAAUACAAACAAAAAAAGAAAUCAGAGUUUGUUUUUGUAAUUUUCUCAUUUCUGAGCAUAUUUCUUUUUCUUAAAUGUAUUGUCUUUUAUUUGAUGUUUAAUAUAACCCACAUUUAGACUCUUUAAGGGCUUUAUAAUAAAACCAGAGGAUGUUUGUACCAAAUGUUUCUGUAUCAUCACUUUUCAGAAGUCUCAAAUAUUCAACCAUCCAACAGCAGAGAGUAAAGUUUCUGUUGCUCAGCCAGGACUGUUUUACAAAAGAGAUUUUGUUAAUGGAAUAAUUUCCAAAUAAUAAACCUCCACUACAUGUAUGCUCACUCAUGUCAUAACUGAAACUGCUCAAAAAGAGCAUCGGUGAUCAAUACACAUUGGAAAACAGUAACAGCAGCUAACAUUACAAAUUGAAACAAAACUGGAAAUUGAAAAGUCAUUGUGGAGGUAUUUCUGAGAAUGAUUUUUCAUCAAAACCAGUGAAAUAUCAAACUUUUCCACCAUGACUGAUGCAUGUGCAAAACUGUGAGUUUUGGGGCAUGUUCAGGCCUCCAAAUGAACAAUAAUUUAGGCAGAAGUAAGAACGCAAGCAAGCCAGAAAGGAAAAAUGACGUCUUUGGACCAUUCCCUCCAUGUGCUUUACCAAUGUUUUUUCAGUAUCCCAGUAAGAUGCAAAUGCUAUUUUUUCCACUUUGAGUGUUCCUCUUUACAUGUUUUUCACAUUUUACUGUGCGGAACAUCCAUGGAAGGUUUUCUAUGGAAAAGAUUAGGGUCACUGGACAAAGAACAAACUUAGGGAAUCAGAUUUUCUCUAGCUUUUCAUCAGAAUUCUCAAAAGGAAAAAAAAAGUCCAAAUUUUGGGUGGAGAGAAUAGAAUUCUGACCUGAAACUUAGAACUCUGCGAAAAAAUUAUCCACAAAAAAAAAAAUGUAAAAACUGACCUUAUCUUUUUUUUUUUUUUGCUUUGAUUGCCUUGAUUUCUCUCUAUAGUUCUCCAUCAGAAAUGCUGAAAUAAAAAAGGAUUCGAAGAACUUAAUAGGUGCAAAACAAACUUUAAUCCAAAUAUAGUUUCACAGUGGCUAGAGGAACUCUUUAAAAUACAGCUGAAUUUAGUGUGCGUGUAAAGGCUAAUAAGUCUGGACAAGGACAAAACAUCUAUUUAAAACUUGUACAAGAAGUUCCUACAAAAUAAAAGCCUUCCUCUGGACUUAUUUUAAUACUCUUGCUUGUUCUGCCUGUGAUCUAUUUCUGCAUAAAAAGGUUAAAGAAGCAGUAAUUUAGAGGUUCCUCUGUUAGUGAUGCCUGAAUAUAUCAACUGACCUGCUGUCAAUAUAAAAAUAUACCUUUAUUCCUCUGUUUGAAGCAGCAUGUAUGAUAUAAAACAACAUGAAAUACAAUGACUCUGCUAACUGAAGCUACAUGUUCCCUUUUAUCAUUAAUAAACUCAGGGUGUCUGCACAUCUUCUUAUUCUUUGGUAUUCAGGUUGUUUGUAAGCUUAAUUCAGAUAUCUGACCCUGCAGCAGCAGCAGAGACUAAAACAGGGGUUCAUCUUCAUCCUUCUUCCCAGUUAACCCCAGACGAGCAAAGUCCUCAAACACAAGCUCUUCAGCAGGAGAUGGU